AUGGCGGAAGGUGGACCACCGAUUUGCCAAACUCAAAAGGAUGAAAUACGAAAUUGCCUCAACCAACAGCUUCGAAAAGACGAUAUUUGGUAUUUGCUAGAUACAAAGUGGUACAAACAAUGGAAGAAAUAUGUUGGUUAUGAUAACUGGGACUCGGGUAAUGCUGGGGAGGAAAGUGCCAACCCUGGACCUAUUGACAAUUCUCCACUUCUUAAAGAAGAUGGUACGUUACAAGAACAUCUCAGUGAAGAUUUGGAUUACCAUUUAUUACCAAAAGAUGCUUGGAACAAAUUAGUCAGUUGGUAUGGAAUCAUUCAAGGACAGGAAGCAAUCAGUCGUGGGGUGAUAGAACAGGGCAUGUUUGUCAAACACUGUAAAGUUGAGGUGUAUCUGUUAGAAUUAAAACUCUGUGAGAAUUCUAACUUAGAUAAGACUGUUGCUAGACAGUUUAGCCGAGCGUCUACUAUAGCGGAACUUGAAAAGCGAAUGAAAAAAGAGUACAAUAUACCUGAAGAGAAGGAAGUUAGAAUAUGGAACAGAUAUAUGAGCAACACGUACGAACACCUGAGUAAAAUGGAAAACACGCUUCAAGACUCGGGGCUCUACCCUGGUCAGGUGAUAGUCAUUGAACAGAAGAAUGAGGACGGCACCUGGCCACGACCUGCUAAGAGCUCACAAGGUAGCGCUAGUAGUUAUAAUAAUUACCAAUAUGAAGUAGGUCGAGGGUCAGCCACACCUGGUCUCUGUGGGUUAUCGAAUCUCGGUAACACUUGUUUUAUGAACUCGGCAUUACAGUGUAUGAGUAACGUACCCUCAUUAACAGAAUAUUUUCUCAGUGGAAAGUGGAAGGAAGAACUAAAUCCUGACAAUCCAUUAGGAAUGAGGGGAGAGAUCGCAGAAUCUUACGCUGAGUUGAUACAAACUAUGUGGUGUGGAAAACAUCUUUAUUCUUUACCUAGGGCUUUCAAGUUAUCUGUCGGAAGAUUUGCUCCCCAAUUUUCUGGUUACCAACAACAAGAUUCACAAGAACUGAUGGCUUUUUUACUGGACGGGCUACAUGAAGACUUGAACAGAAUUAAAUCAAAACCAUACGUCGAAUUGACAGACGCAGGGGACAGACCAGAUGAGGUGGUAGCGAAAGAAGCAUGGGAUAAUUAUUUAAAACGUAAUGAUUCUGUGAUUAUUGAUACGUUUCAUGGAUUGUUAAAAUCAACAGUUCAGUGUCCUCAGUGUUUUAAAAUAUCAGUGACUUUUGACCCUUUCUGUUACCUCUCUCUACCGUUACCUAUUAAAAAGGAAAGACUUAUGAACGUUACAUGGGUGCCGCUAACUCCUGAUGAGAAACCUCAAGCGAUAAAGGUUACGGUGCCUAAAACAGGGUGUGUAGGAGAUUUACGGAAAGCCUUAUCUAAAAUAGUUGACACUCCUCAUGAAAUGAUGGUAGUUACAGAUGUAUAUAAUCACAGAUUUCAUAAAAUAUUUAAAGAAGAAGAUGGUUUAAGUCAUAUUUUAGAAAGAGAUGUUAUAUAUGUAUAUGAAACUUCAGUGAAAAAUACGGAAGAUCCUAAUGUAGUUAUAUUACCUAUUUAUUUUAGAGAGAAAGGACGAGCCAAACCAACGAAUAAUUACGGUGGAAGAGAUCAGUUAUUCGGCAGUCCGUUAUUGUUACCUGUAAAAGGAAAAGUCACAUAUGACAUGUUAUAUGAUCUAUUACUGGUACAGAUGGGACGUUAUAUCCGACUACCAGAGAGUAAAGAGGAAUGGUGGAAAGACGAGGAUAAAGAGGAUAUGGAAGAGGAUGGGGAGGAGGGCAAAAAUGGGGGAAACAACAAUACUGAUAAACAUAUAAACGGGGGUACUGAAGAUGAAGAUGAUGAUGAUGUAGAUGAAGACAAGAAGAAGGAUGAGAAACCAGUUAAACCCAAACGUCUCUUUACAUUUACCGCUGUUAAUUCUUACGGUAGUUCAGAACUAGACCAGAAAUUUCAAGAUGAUGGAAGACCUUUGAAAGUAACACCCAGAACAUAUAUUGCUGUUGAUUGGCAUUCGGCUGCUAAAGAAAAAUUUUAUGAUGAAAAUAAAGCUCUGGCAGUAGAAGAACAUGAAAGUGGAAGAAAUAAAAACCCACAAAAAAAACAAGUUAUUCAGUUGAGUGAUUGUCUGAAACUCUUUACUGAGGCUGAAAAACUCAGUGUGCAGGAUCCCUGGUAUUGUCCAACAUGUAAGAAACAUCAGCAAGCCACCAAGAAGUUUGAUCUAUGGUCGUUACCUAAUGUCUUAAUAAUUCAUCUUAAACGCUUCUCCUACAAUCGAUAUUGGAGAGACAAAUUAGAUGCUUUAGUGGAAUUCCCAGUACAUGAUUUAAAUCUACAAGAAUAUGUUAUAAACAAUAAAGGUGUUAAAAGUUACUAUGAUUUGAUAGCUGUUUCUAAUCAUUAUGGUGGAUUAGGAGGAGGGCAUUAUACAGCCUAUGGGUUAAAUAAAUCAUCUAAUGAAUGGUAUUAUUUUGAUGAUUCAAGUGUCAGCCAGUCCUCAGAAGAUCAAGUUGUAUCAAAAGCAGCAUAUGUGUUAGUGUACCAAAAACGUGGUUUUCAAUCAACUCUUAACCAAUAUAUCACAAAACCGUCGUCUGCACCGGCUACAGAAACUAGCGGUGCUUCAGACUGUGGGUUAACUAACGGUGCUGCUAGUAACGGCGUCGAGGACAGCGAGGAUAUGGAUAUCAACUAA